AUGGUUGAUAAGCUCCCUGAAGAAGGUGUGGAUCAAGGUGUUUCCAAUGGUGAGAUUGAUUGGUUUUUACGAGAUGAUCGAAUGUCAAAAUAUAAACCAAAUAUCAACACCAAUAAUCAACAACAACAAAAUCAACAAAAUAAUAAACCAAACCAUCAUGAUCAUAAAUUAGAACAUAAUUUACAUGCACAUCUUAUCAAAGAUCAAUCACCAUCAGAUUCAAGAGAAAAUCUUCAUGUAUUAAGUAGGUCAAAAUCAUUAUCUGAAGUUGAUAAUCCAAUUGAAAAGAAAAAAGGUGGAUUUUUCAGAAAUUUAUUCUCUAGGAAAUCAAAUUCAAAAGAUAAAUUGAAUCAGAUUGGUAACUCACAAAACAAUAGUAAUUCAGAUGUUAGUAUUGCACCAAAUGAUACUACUACCACAACUACAACUACAACAAAUCAAUCAAUAUCAAAUGAAUUAAACUCAAAGAGAAAUAUAACAAGAUCAAGAUCUUUAUCUCAAUCAUCAUCAAAUGGUAUUAUUGACCCUAAAUUAGAGGAAUUUUUAAAAUAUUAUAAAUCUAAAGGUAUUGAUAAAUUACAUCAAGAUUUAGAAAGAUCAUCAAGAAGACCAUCAACUUCAUCAAUUAGUUCACCACCUUCUACAACUCAUCAAAACAAGAGAAGAUCUGUUGAUUGUUUAGGUAGACCUAUCCCUGCACAUCCUGAUAUUUCUUCUUUACCACCUGCAAUUAUUUAUGAUUCAAAAUUUGAAACUUCAUUACCACAAUCUUCAACAACAAAUAUUGGACAAUCUUCAACUUCUUCCAAGAUUGGUGGAUUUUUACGUCGUCAUCAUCAAAGUAAUAGUGAACAAAGUAUAAGUAGGACUAAUUCAAUUUCUUCAUCAAAUGAUAAUAAUAAUAAAUUAUCAAAAUCAAAACAAUGUAAAUCACAAUUAUCAGAACAAACACCAAUAACAAUACCAGGUUUAGAAAAUUUACCAAAUUUAAAAAGAGUUGCAUUUGAUGUACCAGUUUUCAUGAAUGAUCCACCUCAACAAAUUCCAUCAAGAUCUCCAAGGAAAGGUGAAGUUGAAAUAUUAAAAGAUGGUAGUAUAGUGAUUCAUAAAUUAACUGCAGCUGAACGUAAACAAUUGUUAAAUAAUCCUGGUGGUGGGAUUGUUGUUGGUGGUUCUGGUCAUUUGAAAAUAAUUUCACCAACUGAAAGGAAAGAAGAAAGUGAAAAAGCAAGAAAAAACAUUGAACCUGUUAUAAAAGAAGAAGAUCAUGAAAAUGAAGAAGAAGAAGAUAAUGAGAAAGCUGCUCAAAAACAUUCUAUUAGUGUUAAUGCUUCUGCUGCUGCUGCCGAAGCUAGAGCAAAAGCUGCACCAAAUGAAUUGAAAAGAAUUAUUACAAAUAAUGAAGAUGAAGUUCAAGUUAGUACUGAUGCUUCCAAAAUUAAUAUUGAUAAACCAAUGAUUCGUAAAAACAAGAGUUCUGCUUCUUUAUUAUCAACUGAUAAAAAUUCUGAACAAAUUGAAGAUGAUAUUAAUGAAGAUGAAGAUGAAAAUUCAAUUAAUUCUAAAGAAUCUUCAAAAGUUCCAUUGGAUGUUUUAUAUACAAGAUGUUGUCAUUUAAGAGAAAUUCUACCAAUCCCUGCAACAUUAAAACAAAUCACACCAGGUAGUACUGAUCCAAUUUCAUUACUGCAAUUAAGAAAUCCAAAACCUUCACUUGUUGAAGUUUUAACAUUUUCAGAUUUUGUAUCAGUAGCACCAAUAUUAUGUAUUUCAUUAGAUGGUGUUGCAUUAUCAUCAGAAAUGUUUAGAAUUAUAUUAAGUUCUUUAUUACAUAAAAAGGAAUUAGAAAAAUUAACUUUAAGAAAUACCCCCAUAGAUGAAAUGGGUUGGAAAUUAUUAUGUUGGUUCUUAUCUAAAAAUCAUACAUUAUCAAGAUUAGACCUUACACAAUGUCCAAAUAUAUCAACUAAUGUUCAAAAACCUUCCAAAGCACAAUCGAAUAUCAUAAGAAUGGAAUGUUCAAUGAAUGAUAGAUCUGAUAUGAAUUGGAAUUUAUUAAAUGCUGCAUUAAUGUCAAGAAAAGGUAUUGAAGAAUUAGUUAUUAGUGGUGCCAAGAUGAGUAAUGAAGAAUGUAAGAAUUUAUUUGAAAUGGGUAUUUCAAUUAAAACAAGUAGAAUUGGACUUGCUUUUAAUGAUUUAACUAAAGAACAAUGUGAUAUUAUUGCAGAAAAUGUUAAUUUACAAAAUGUUAUUGGAAUUGAUUUAGCUUUUAAUGAUUUAAAUGGGAAAUUAGGUGGGUUUAAUAAAAGAGUUUCAACAGAUGAUGUUUCUGAUUCAAAUUUAAAAUUUUUAUCAUUAAAUUCAACAAAUUUACAAAAUGAUAAUGGAGAAUUAGAUGAAUUAAUUUCAACUUUUGCUAAAUUUAAAGACUUGAGAUAUAUUGAUUUAUCAAAUAAUGAAAAAAUUUUCCCAGAUUUAUUAACAAGUUUAACUGAAAAUUUACCAUUAUAUCCAAAAUUAGCAAGAUUACACUUGGAUAAUAAUAAAUUAAAACCAGAAAACAUUGUUGCCCUAGCUGAACUGAUUCCAUUUUGUAAAUCAUUAACAUAUUUUUCAUUAAUUGGGAAUCAUCUUGAUUCAGUUGCUGCAAGUGCAUUAACAAAUGCUCUCAAAAUUUCAAAAUCUUUAAUUACAUUAGAUUUAAAUUAUGAUGAAAUUGCACCAAAAUUUAAAGAAACUAUUGGUUUAUACACCGUGCGUAAUAUGCAACAUCAAAUUUAUGGGAAACAAUCUGAUCCAAAAGAAUUACAAGGUUUACAAGAAGAAUUAUCUCAUUUAUUAUUAUCAGAUGGUGGGAAUCCAGAUCCAAAAUUAAUUGAAAGUUUCUUUACAAAAGCUGUUAAAUUUAGAGAUAGAAUUCAUGAAACUAUUGAUGAAUUAUUUAAAUUAAGAAUUUCAGGGAAAUUAAGUACUGAUGGUAAAGAAACUUUAAUUAGAUUUUGUUUUAUUGAUGCAUCAAUUGAAAAAGGUUUAUCAUUAUUAGGUAAAAAAUCUGCUAAAUAUGGUGUUGAUACAACUAAAUAUUUAGUUCCACCAAUGAUGAAAAGAACAGGUAGUGCAGUGAUUAAUGAAUCUCCAUAUCUUUCAGAACAUAAUCAUAAUGAAUUGUUACCAUUUGGUGUUACUAAUACUGGACAAGCUGGUGAAAUUCAUGUUGAUGCUGAAGAAAUUAAAGAUGAACAAAGAGCAAGAGCUAAAGAUAGUAAUAAAUUAAAAGAAGAAGCUUCAUUUUUAAAAUUAAAUCAUUAUAUUAAAAAUAAAAUGGAAGAAAAUAAUGUUAAACCAAAUAUUGAUGAUAUUCAAGAUAUAAGUGGUGAAAAAUUUAGAGAGAUUUUAUUACAAACUAAUGAUUUAAAUAAUGUUGUUGAAGUUUUAGAUUCAAUUAAAAAAGAAGGAAUUCCAUUAGAAAAAAUUUAUGAAAGAAAAGAUAAUAAUUCUUCAUCAGCAGAUAAUCAUUCACCUCCAUUAUUUAUGGAAACUUUAAGAAAUACUAAAUCUAAUUUAUCAGAUAGGAAAACAAUUGUUUCAGAUGAUGAAGCAGAUUCUGGAAGUGAUGCUGAUAGUUUUGUAUCUGAUGAUGAAAAAGAUGGUGAUAUUAAUCAAGCAUAUGAUAAGAUUUUGGAUCAUUUAGAAAGAGUAAGGACAAACAAUUAA